AUGAUUCUCGAUUUUCUCGUUGUGUUGACUCUGAGGGUUUAUUAUAUUUCAUUAGUUGAGAUUAUUAUGGCGAUCUGUGCUUUAGUCAGUGAUGAGUGGAUUCGCAUCAAUGAUAACAGCAAAGAAAGCCGAAAUGUAGCUCAGCUGGAUGACAACAGUUCAGUGCGCAGCGAUAACCAUUUCAGUUACGCUUCAUCGUUUGCACAAGCGGGUCGCUGCAAAGGGGUUGACAUUCGACAUUUCUGGCGUACCGCUAAAUUCGGAUUCUUUGUAAAUAUGAAAGGUGUUUAUCAUACAACAUAUCGCUUUGAUGGAAAUGUGCGUAUGGAUUGUCUCACACCUUUGAUCGCCAAUUUAUUCUAUGUCUUGAUCGCUUUCUGUUUUGUUAUUGUUGUAAAAUCCACUUUAGCCUGCAUUUUGAGCACCAUUUCAACAUCAUCAGGAUUUCUUAAUUGGCUUAAGCGAAAUACAAUCCUCGAAAUGAGUAGCAUGAUGCUGGCAGUGUUAGCGUGUAUAAUAACUUUUCUUAUGGGAGCAAUGAUUUAUUCGAUGAAUCCAUUUUCGGGUGUAACAGUAGGAGCAGGAUCAGUGUCCAUUGCAGUAAGUGGCGUUAGCUCAUUUUUUGCUGCAGCAGUAAGCUUGCGAAGAAAAUAUAGUGUCGUUCGACAAAGACGCCUUGAAAAUCAACGUCUGUUAUGCGCUCGUUCAUUUCGUGCAUGGAGGGAAGUUGGGCGCCAUUCUGAGGACAUGCGACCAAUCAUCGAUUUUGAACGUUAUCUGGAUUCGUGGGCGACACCAGUUGAUUCUCCAUAG